UCGUGCUAAUUCCUGUGGCAAGGUUAGGUUGUAUGCUAUCAAAGGAAAUGUGUUGGAGUGUACUUCGCAGAGAAUUUCGCUUGGUUAAUUUCCGUUUGUUGUAUCCUAACUCAGAGGAUUUUGUUCAAUCUCCAUGGUUUGGAACGUUGACCGUUUUGCUGUAUCGUUUUAUCGUCGCCGUGUUCUGCCUUGGCACAACGAUUGCGAGUGGAGUUUAUCACCGAAAAAACGGACCCAAGUGGUUCAUUUAUCUGACCAAUUGGAGUUUCUCUUUCAUCACAAUGUAUUUCAUUUGUGCUUGCACAAUCACAGCUCUUCACUACAAGAAACAAUGGAAAACGAGAAAAAAUAUUUUCCAGUAUAGAAUGGAUGUUGAAACAGAAGAGGCUCCACAACGAAAGGAAGGUGAGAUAAACAACGGAUGCAGAGAAGGACGUGAGCAAGGAGAUGAUGACACUUUUCCCACUGAUGGCAAUUUUAAAGCAACACGGGCGACGCCAAUGUAUUGGUACCAUGAGGCCUUGUGGGUAAUAUAUAACAUUGCAUCGGCUGCCGCCCUUCUUGUGACUUUAUCUUACUGGACGUUCAUAUCCAGGAAAAACCCAAACGCCCUGUCAGUUAUUGUACAUGGCGUUAACUCCAUCCUUAUGGUUGCUGAAACCGUGCUGAGUUCAGUGCCAGUGCGUUUAUUCCAUGUCAUCUACCCUAUGCUCUACGAAAUAGCCUAUAUCGUAUUUACGGUGAUCUAUUGGGCGACCGGUGGAACUAGCUCGUUUGGUAGGAGUUAUAUCUACCCCCAGACCGAUUACACAGGGAGACCAGUCUUUUCUGCCGUUUCCCUGAUUUGUUUUUUCUUCAUUGCGCUUCCGUUUUGUCAAAGUGUUUUGUUUUGUUUUUAUCGCAUACGAGUCUGGAUGAAAACCAA